GUUCUCACGUCACUCGAUGUGUUUUGAUACUCUGAAGGGAGUGACGGCGUCCUCAGAUCAGAUACACGCAGACACAGGACUGAAGAGGAAGAGAUGAGCAGAGUUUCCUCCACACAUGCAGGCGUCUGAACUGACCUGAAGGGAAUUCAACAGGUGGAGGCUCUGCUAUGGAUCAGUGUGAGGACAGAGAGGAGGAAGCCCCCCCCCUCUAAAAGCUCUGGGGAACAUGACAUCCAGACCAAAGCUCAGAGUCUAGAGCAAACACCUCAUUCUGCUGGACCUGAACCUGGACCUAGACCUACACCUAAACCUAGACUUAGAUCUAGAGCAGUACCUGGAUCUGUACCAGGUCCUGGACCUGAACCUGAACCCAGCUCUGUGUCCAGUUACCAGCUUACUGCAAGAGACCAGAACCAGGGAGAAAAGAUGGAGACGCCUAGAAAAGUCCUAUUAAGAAAUUUAGAAGCUUUGGAGGAAAAGGACUUUAUAAAAUUCAAGUGGUGCCUGGAGGAGGAGGUCCUAGGAUUCCCAGGAAUCUCAAAGAGUCGACUAGAGAAAGCAAACCGGAUGGACACAGUGGAUCUGAUGAUUCUGUACUACUGCAUAAACACCAUUAAAGCGACCAGAGAAGUUUUGAAGAUGAUCCCGAGGAAUGAUCUAGAAGAGGAAUUAUCAAAAACCUCAUCAAACCCUGAAGAUAUUCUCACGAAGUGCCAAGGUGAACUCAAAUCAAACCUGAAGGAAACAUUUGAAAAUAUCAGAUUUAUGGACAAAUCUGAAACCCUACAUAAAAUCUACACGGAGAUCUACAUCACCAGGGGAGACACCACAGAGGUCAAUGCUGAACAUGAGGUCAGACAGAUUGAAACAGCAUCCAGGAAACCAGACAGACCAGAAACACCCAUCAGACAAGAAGACCUCUUUAAAGCCUCACCUGGAAGAGAUGCACCAAUCAGAGCAGUGCUGACAAAGGGAGUGGCUGGCAUUGGGAAAACAGUCUUAACACAGAAGUUCACUCUGGACUGGGCUGAAGGCAAAGCCAACCAGGACAUCCAGUUCAUAUUUCCAUUCACCUUCAGAGAGCUGAAUGUGGUGAGAGAGAACAAGUACAGCUUGGUGGAACUUGUUCAUCACUUCUUCUCUGAAACCAGAGACGCAGGAAUCUGCAGGUUUGAUCAGUUCUCGGUCGUGUUCAUCUUUGACGGUCUGGAUGAGUGUCGACUUCCUCUGGACUUCCUCAACACUGAGAUCCUGACUGAUGUCACAAAGUCCACCUCAGUGGAUGUACUGCUGACAAACCUCAUCAGAGGGAAGCUGCUUCCCUCUGCUCGCCUCUGGAUAACCACACGGCCUGCAGCAGCCAAUCAGAUCCCUCCUGAGUGUGUGGACAUGGUGACAGAGGUCCGAGGGUUCACCGACCCACAGAAGGAGGAGUACUUCAGGAAGAGAUUCAGAGAUCAGGAGCAGGCCGGCACCAUCAUCUCCCACAUCAAGACCUCACGAAGCCUCCACAUCAUGUGCCACAUCCCAGUCUUCUGCUGGAUCUCUGCUUCAGUUCUGGAGGACAUGUUGAAAACUGAGGGAGGAGAGCUGCCCAAGACCCUGACUGAGAUGUACAUCCACUUCCUGGUGGUUCAGUCCAAAGUGAAGAACAUCAAGUAUCAGGGAGGAGGUGAGACGGAUCCACACAGGAGUCCAGAGAGCAGGAAGAUGAUGGAGUCUCUGGGGAAACUGGCUUUUGAGCAGCUGCAGAAAGGCAACCUGAUCUUCUAUGAGUCCGACCUGACAGAGUGUGGCAUCGAUAUCAGAGCAGCCUCAGUGUACUCAGGAGUGUUCACACAGGUCUUUAGAGAGGAGAGAGGAACGUACAAGAACACAGUGUUCUGCUUCGUCCAUCUGAGCGUUCAGGAGUUUCUGGCUGCUCUUCAUGUCCAUCUGACCUUCAUCACCUCUGGAGUCAACCUGCUGUCAGAAGAACCAACAACCUCCAAGAAGCCUAAACUAUUCAGAUCCAAACCCAAACCCAAAGCCAAACCUACACUAACACAUCUCUACCAGAGUGCUGUGGACCAGGCCUUACAGAGUCCAAACGGACACCUGGACUUGUUCCUCCGCUUCCUCCUGGGUCUUUCACUGGAGACCAAUCAGAAACUCCUACGAGGCCUGCUGACACAGACAGGGAGUGGCUCAGAGACCAAUCAGGAAACAGUCCAGUACAUCAAGAAGAAGAUGGAAGAGGAUCUGUCUCCAGAGAGAAGCAUCAACCUGUUCCACUGUCUGAAUGAACUGAAUGAUCGUUCUCUGGUGGAGGAGAUCCAACAGUCCCUGAGUUCAGGAAGUCUCUCCACAGAUAAUCUGUCUCCUGCUCAGUGGUCAGCUCUGGUCUUCAUCUUACUGUCAUCAGAAGAAGAUCUGGACGUGUUUGACCUGAAGAGAUACUCUGCUUCAGAGGAGGCUCUUCUGAGGCUGCUGCCAGUGGUCACAGCCUCCAACAAAGCUCUGCUGAGUGGCUGUCAGCUGUCAGGGAGAAGCUGUGAUGCUCUGUCCUCAGUCCUCAGCUCCCAGUCCUCUAGUCUGACAGAGCUGGACCUGAGUAACAACAACCUGCAGGAUUCACGAGUGAAGCUGCUGUCUGCUGGACUGGAGAGUCCACACUGUGAACUGAAGACUCUCAGGCUGUCAGGCUGUCUGAUCACAGAGGAAGGCUGUGAUGCUCUGGCCUCAGCUUUAAACCCCUCCCAUCUGAGAGAGCUGGACCUGAGCUACAAUCAUCCAGGAGCCUCAGGGGGGAGGCUGCUGUCUGCUGGACUGGACACGCUCAGUCUGGAGCCUGCUGCAGUCUGGUGGCUGAGGCCAGGUCUCAGGAAGUAUGCCUGUGAACUCACACUGGACUCAAACACAGUGAAUAGAAAACUCCAACUGUCUGACAACAACAGGAAGGUGACAUGUGUGAGAGAGGAGCAGAAUUAUCCUGAUCAUCCAGAGAGGUUCGACUCCUGGCCUCAGCUGAUGUGCAGAGAAGCUCUGACUGGUCGCUGUUACUGUGAGGCCAAGUGGAGAGGAGAGGUUCAUACAUCAGUGACUUACAGAGGAAUCAACAGGAGAGGAAACGGAGAGGACUGUUGGUUUGGAAGGAAUGAUCAGUCCUGGAGUCUGAGAUGCUCUGGUGAUGGUUACUCUGUCUGGCACAAUAAGACAUUAUCACACAUCUCCUCCUCCUCCUCUUCCUCCUCCUCUUCCUCCUCCUUUUCCUCCCUCUCCUCCCCCUCCCCCUCCUCUGGUAGAGUAGCAGUGUAUCUGGAUCAUCCUGCUGGCUCUCUCUCCUUCUACAGAGUCUCCUCUGGCUCACUGAUCCACCUCCACACCUUCAGAACCACAUUCACUGAGCCUCUCUAUGCUGGGUUUGGGUUAUCUCGUUUCUUUGGUUCCUCAGUGUUCUCUGCAGGAGUGAGGCUGGCAUCCUGGUUAAAUAACUCCCAGUAGCCUACCUACUACCACCUCAUUUGAGUGCGUUGUUUUCAAACUGGCUGUUUCUGCUAGGCUCCAGGUUGCCCUCAUCUCUCGCCGACCUAAAGCUUCCACUACCAUCUUGUCUGAGUUGCUCACCUCUCUCUGUUCCAUCUCUCCAUCAACUCUCCUGCUCGAUGAUUUCAAC